CCAUCAGCAUUACCAUCCCCGUUACCAUCCUGAUCAGCAGCCCUGUUACCAUCAGCAUUACCAUCCCCGUUACCAUCCUGAUCAGCAGCCCUGUUACCAUCAGCAUUACCAUCCCUGUUACCAUCCUGAUCAGCAGCCCUGUUACCAUCAGCAUUACCAUCCCUGUUACCAUCCUGAUCAGCAGCCCUGUUACCAUCAGCAUUACCAUCCCUGUUACCAUCCUGAUCAGCAGCCCUGCUAGCAGCCCCGUUAGCGUCCCCGACAGCGGGACUGGAACCCGGGAGCGCCGCAGCCCAACUUUCUCCGUGCCCCCGCCCCCAUGCAAAUUCAGCCCCGGCGAUUGGCGGGCGGGCGGGGCGGCCAGGAUAUAAGAAUGGGGUCCGGGGGGAAGGGGGAAACAAUGCACCCGUGGCUACGAGUGCUGCUGCCGUCACCUCAGCGCCCGGUGGGGUGGGCGCACGGCAGUCCCCCGUUCCUGCAUGGGGCUGGGGGCGCCCCUGUCCUGAGCGGCGCCGCAGAUCAGGCGAGGGGCGCCCCGUUUUUCUCGCCGCCCCCGGGCUCUGCCGCCGCUCCCCCAUGCAGAGAUGGAGUUUGACUCAUACCAACACUACUUCUAUGACCACGACGCCCAGGAGGACUUCCACCGCUCCACGGCGCCGAGCGAGGACAUCUGGAAGAAGUUCGAGCUGGUGCCCACGCCGCCGCUGUCCCCGCCGGGUGCCCCCGGGGCGGAGGAGCGGCCCGGCCGGCUCUGCCCGCCCGGGGAAGAGCCCGAGUACCUCAUCGGGACGGGGCAGAUCUUCGGGAAUCUGAGCGCCUUCAUCCUCAAGGACUGCAUGUGGAGCGGGUUUUCGGCCCGGGAGAGGCUGGAGAAGGCGAUGACGGAGAAGCUGUCGGCAGGCUCGCAGCGCGCCGCCCCGCACAAGCCGUGCUUCGCCCAGGAUUUGGGGUUCGGCGGCUCCGCGAGCGACUGCGUGGAUCCCGCCGCCGUCUUCCUCUGCCCGCUGGCCGAGAGCAAGCUCCCCGCGUCCUCGGGCUCCGAGGGUCAGAGUGAUUCCGAAGGUGAGGAGAUUGAUGUGGUGACAGUGGAGAAGAGACAAUCGCUCAGCCUGAGGAAGCCGGUCACCAUCACGCUGCGUGCUGACCCCUUGGACCCCUGUAUGAAACACUUCCAUAUCUCUGUCCACCAGCAGCAGCACAACUACGCUGCCCGCUCACCACCGGACACUUGUCCCCUGCCAGAGCCACCCCAGCAGGAGGAGGAUGAGCCACCGAGAGCUGUGGAGCCAGCCCCUGCCAUCACACUGCCUGAGCCUGGCUUGCCAAAAGCCGGCAGCAGCCCUGGUUCUGACAGCGAGGACAUAGCCAAGAGGAAAAACCACAAUUACCUGGAGCGCAAGAGGCGCAAUGACUUGCGCUCACGCUUCCUGGCCCUGCGGGACCAGGUGCCCGGGCUUGCCAGCUGCCCCAAGACACCCAAAGUAGUGAUCCUGAGCAAAUCGUCCGAGUACCUGCAGUCGCUCCUCAGUGCUGAGAGGAGAUUGGUGGCUGAGAAGCGGCAGCUGCGGCUGCAGCAGACCCAGCUGCUCAAACGGAUGGCUCACCUCAAGGGUCACUAGCACCCAACAUACCCCCCCACCCUGCUCCCCACCCCCAGCUCCCUCUCAAUUUGCACAUUUUUUUUUAAUUUUUUGGUUGUUGAACUGUUGGCCCUACGGGGCUGGAGUGUGUGGCAGUGGAUACGAUGCCGCUCCUGGCUGCAGGAAUGUGGCUGGCUUCUUGGCACCAUGUGUUGCAAGAUCUUCCCUGUCUCCCUGUGAAGCUUCACUGUGAAGCAGUCAAUGACUGCUUCCAUUUGUGGGCUCAACUCUUCUCCUCCCUGGCAGCCCCUGCCACCCCUCUCUGCAGUUUGUCACUGAGUGUUGCUGGGAGCUGCCCCUGAGGUGUCCAUCUUGCCCUAAAACUCCUGGGCAACCAUGGUCCACUUUGGCUGAGGGGAGCAAGUGGAAGCAGGCAUGGAGAGCCCAGCAUGGGGCUCUGCUCUGGAUGGAUCCCCGUGGAGAUGGUGACAGCAGGGUUAGCAGCACCCUGUGGGUGAUGCCCUGGCUCGGCUGGACCGUACCUCACUUUCUUACCACUUCAUGCAGUAGCUUGUCUUGGAUUUCAUGUUCUAGAAACUGCUGCUGUAACUGCAAGUCUUAUACUGGAGGCUGUGUUUUUAUACUGUAUUUUUGUACCACUUUUUGAGAUGUAUUGGUAAAGAACUUGCUUUUUUUAUAUAUAUAUAUAAACUUUUUGUUGGAGGGGGGGUUCCUGCUGUAGUGGAGGGCUCAAUCCUGCUGCACUUUAGGGAGAUCAGGAAGGGGCUGGCUCCUGCUGGACCCUUGAGCUGAGUCCUCGCAGAGGCCGGUUCCCCCUUGCAGCUCUCCAAACCACCUAUUUGCAAUAACGGGGGAUUUUCCCCUUUCCCACCUUUGUGAGCAUCCUUCUGACCCCUUUUCCCACCCUUGUGAGCGGACCUCUCCCCAGCAGUUGCUUUGAAUUCCCAGCACAAGCCUUGAGCUUUGCAAGGAGCCUGGCUGGAGGGGCAGGUUGGGUGCAUGGGGAGCUGUGCUGCCUUCGAGGCUUCCUCGUGCCUGUGCCAGCCUGCAGUGGGGUAUGUGGGGUUCCCCUGUGGCCCUGCAGGACAGUACCCUCAGGUCCCUGCUGAGAACCGUUAGAGUUAACACUGUGGUCUGAUUUAGCACUUUCUUCAUUAC